AUGGUCAGGAACUUCGGAGUAAUAAGGGACAAAAGUUUCCGCGCUAGGCGUCACGACUGUAGUCUCGGUGACCCGCACGGGAAUUUCAUCGACGCGGCUUGUAAGGAUACUACCGCUUGUAUACAAAUUACAUAUCUGGCUCCCUCUUCCUUACCUACUUCAUCCUAUGAGGCUGAACACAUCACCCAUAUUCGACACGUACUCCUUUACGAGUUCGAAUCUGGCCACCCCGCUGCUGAAGCCCAUCGAAACUUAAGUCGAGUAUUCGGCACUGAUGCCCCUUCUGAGUGGUCUGUGCGCGCCUGGUUCCAGCGCUUCAAAGCCGAAAACAAGAAUUUCGAAGAUGAGCCUCGCUCUGGUCGACCGACUACAAUAUCGUUCGACGAACUGAGGAAUCUGGCGGAGCAGCAUCCAUAUGAAGGCGCGCGGUAUUUUGCUGCCAGUCUUGGCUGUUCGCUGUCCACCGUGAGCAAUGGACUGCGACCUCUCAGAAUGGUGAAAAAGCUCGGUCAAUGGAUCCCGCAUGCAUUGAGCGACGGCAACCGCCAAAGACGCCUGGACAUCUGCACUCAGCUGCUCUCCAGAAGCCGCAGAUUCGACUGGCUGGGCACCAUCGUCACUGGAGAUGAAAAAUGGGUCCUCUACGUCAACCAUACCCACAAACGUGCGUGGUGCGCUGGCGAUGAAAUGCCGUAUCUUUUCGUGAAAGGUGAUAUCCAUGAGAAGAAGGUCAUGCCGAGCGUCUGGCGGGGAGUUCAUGGAAUCUACCGUUUUGAACUGCUGCCGGACAACACGACAGUUACUGCCGAGGUCUACUGCGCUCAAUUGCAAAGACUGGCCGACAAUAUUCGCAAGGAGCACCCGAAGCUUGACAACGUUCGCCUGCUGCACGAUAACGCGCGCCCUCACAUUGCGAAGAAGACUUCCCAGAAGAUUCUGGAGCUCGGAUGGGAACAUCACCUGGAAGAGAAGUGCUACGAUGAUCGUGACCACCUCGAAAAUGACCUUCGGGCUUUCUUCGCCUCCAAGUCGCUGGAGUUCUAUGAAAAAGGAAUCGGUGAGAGGACGCUGGAUGAAGCCCAGUCUCAAGAACAACCUGGAUUCCGCCAGAGUUUCAGCUGUUUGGACCACAUCCAGACCGUGUCGAGGGUCAUAAAGGUUUGCCAGGAAUACCGCCUGCCCCUUGUUCUAACCUUCGUCGACUAUGAGAAAGCCUUUGACAGGGUAGAAACGAAUGCAAUACUGUCAGCGCUGGUCGAUCAAGCUUUCCACCGCCCUCUCACCAUACCCAUUGGGAAGGGGGUACGACAAAGCGAUACUAUAUCGCCGAAGCUGCUCACGGCUGCAUGGCAAUGGAUAAUGAAAUCACUUUCCUGGAAAGAAAGGGGCAUACGUGUUGAUGGAAGAUUUCUUUCGAACCUUCGUUUCGCGGACGACAUCGUUCUCUUUUCGAGCAGUACCAAUGAAGCAGAAACGAUGCUCAACGAAUUGAACGAAGCGGGGAAUAGAAUAGGACUGCGAAUAAACAGGAAGAAGACACAGUUCAUGAAGAACGCUUACUGCGAGGACGGAGGAGUACAACUUGAAGGCUCCCAAAUCGUGGAAACUUCAUCACACGUGUACCUUGGACGUUCUAUGAACAUGGAAAACGACUUGAAGGAAGAACUGAAUAGAAGAAUGAGAGCAGCAUGGGUAGCAUUCGCAGCCGUCAGGGAAGCUACGGACCAACUGACGGACCAAGACCUUCGUGCCCAUCUGUUCGACUCGACAGUUCUUCCAGCGCUCUGUUACGCAGUGGAGACGUGGGCAGACACCACUGCCACGUGUAGGAAGCUACUUACUACCCACAGAGCCCUUGAGAGAUAUCUUCUGAAGUUUAACCGGCGAACACAAGACCUAGCCGGUCUUCGCAGCUCCGACUUAAGAGGAAUGUCCCGUCUUUGCGACCCAGCGGAAUAUGUAUCGAAAGCAAAACAUAAAUGGGCCGGUCACAUCAUGAGAAGAAUCGACGAUAGAUGGACUAAAAGAACGCUAGAGUGGAUCCCAAGAGAUACUAAACGCCCUCGAGGGAGACCGCCAACGAGAUGGGGUGACGUGUUCGCUACACGGACGGACCAGCUGAAAGCUCAGCUGGAUACGGCUCAAGGACCUCGUCAACGUCACUCACGAAACUUGAGAACAUCUUGGAUGACAAUGGCGAGGGAACGAAACGAGUGGAAGAGAUGCUGGGGCCCGCACGUCCAGUGA